ACUUUCCUAUCGCCAGCUGCAGCGCUGAGUCUCCUCGUCUCCUCGUCUCCUCGUCUCCUCGUCUUCUUCUUCCACUCAACUAAACUUCACCAAAAAGAAAAGAUGAGCUUCCAGAGAUCCGCCAUGCAGAGCCGGUCCUCGCCCCGGUACAGCUCGGCCAGCAUCCACGGCGGCGCCGGCGGGAUGGGCUCCCGCAUCUCCUCCAGCUCGGCGUCCUCGCUGCGAUCCGGCGCCCCGAUGUCCUCCUCCUACUCCUCCUCCUCCUCCUACAAGAUGGGCAACGGCAUGGGCAUGGGCUCAGGUUUCGGGGGUUCUGGUUCCGCCGGUGGCGGCGCCGCCGGGAUCACGGGCAACGAGCGGGGCGCCAUGCAGAACCUCAACGACCGCCUGGCCACCUACCUGGAGACGGUGAGGAGCCUGGAGCACGCCAACAAGGAGCUGGAGGGCCGCAUCCUGGAGGCCAUGGAGCGGGGGGGGCCCAACGUGAAGGACUACGGCAAGUACCAGCCCGCCAUCGACGACCUGCGCAACCAGAUCUUCGAUAAAAUCGGGGAAAACGCUCGUUUCGUGCUGCAGAUCGACAACGCCCGCCUCGCCGCCGACGACUUCAAAGUGAAGUUCGACAACGAGACGGCGAUUCGCCAGUCGGUGGAGGCCGACAUCGGCGGGCUGAGGAAGCUCAUCGACGACACCAACAUGACCCGGAUCAACAUCGAGAGCGAGAUCGAAGCCGUCGGGGAGGAGCUGGCCUUCCUCAAGAAGAACCACGAGAACGAGGUGAUGGAGCUGAGGAGCCAGAUCUCGCAGUCGGGCGUGCAGGUGGACAUCGACGCCCCCAAAGGCCAGGACCUGACCCAGGUGAUGGAGGACGUGAGGGACAACUACGAGAAGAUGGCCCUGGAGAACGCCGAAGAUCUCAAGCGGUGGCACGAAAACCAGAUCUCAGAUGUGCAGGUGGAGGUAUCGCAGAACACAGAGGCCCUCCAGGGAGCCCAAAUGGAGCGGAGCGACUCCACCAGACAGAUCCAGACGCUGGAGAUCGAACUGGCAUCCCAACAGAGCUUAAAAGCAUCCUUGGAGGACACAUUGCGCAACACGGAGCAGCGGAACAACAUGGAGACGGAGCGCUACAACGGCAUCAUCAUCCGCCUGGAGGAGGAGCUCACCAACCUCAGGGCCAACAUCCAGCAGCAGACCCAGGAGUACGAGGCGCUGCUCAACAUGAAGAUGAAGCUGGAGGCCGAGAUCGGCACCUACAAGACGCUGAUGGACGGAGGAGACUUCAAGUAAGAGUUAGAACAGCUCCCGGGGACGAUGGUGAUGGUGUCGGAGGCUGCAGGAUGCUCUGGAGGAGCUGGCGUCCAUGUAGCUCAUUCUGAACAGAAGAAUCUCAGUGAAGACCACAACUAUUCAUUUUGGAAACAAAUAAAUAAAAUACAUGCCGGUCCAAUUAUCUCGAGCCAAUAAACCGUAAAUGAGUUCAGCAGAUGUGAAUAAAGGCUUUUGACCAGUGAAACAGAGCUUUUUGAAAAGCAUUGGCAACAUAAAAAUGAAUUAAAAAACCACUUGUUGACCCACA